AUGAACCAGGUUGCUGAAGUUUUCAACGCGUCGAGCUCUCAGCCUGAGCUGCCACAAACAUGGCCAUUCACGCUUCAGCUACAAGGCACUCUGUCGCAUGCUCUGGCGGGCUGGUCUGCCUGGCAGUACAUCGUGACUUUUUUGCUUGCCCUGGUGGUCUAUGACCAAGUCCUGUACAUCAAGCGAAAGGGACCAAUCGCUGGCCCGUCGUUCAAGAUCCCCCUAAUGGGGCCGUUUAUUCAAGCACUUCAUCCAAAAUUUGAGGGAUAUCUUGCCCAAUGGGCAAGCGGUCCUCUCAGCUGUGUAUCAGUCUUCCACAAAUUCGUCGUGCUCGUCUCUGAUAGAGACAUCGCACACAAGGUCUUUAAGUCGCCAUCAUUCGCGGAGCCAUGCAUAGUUCCAAUCGCAAAAGACAUAAUCGGCCACAAAGCCUGGGUAUUUCUUCAGGGCAAAGCCCAUGCUGAGUACCGGAGGGGAUUGACUCCGCUCUUCACCAACAAGGCCAUAGCUACUUACCUCCCCGUUCACGAAAGGGUCCUGACCGACUACUUUGAUAAGUUUGUUGCCGCUAGUAAGGCAAAUCAAGAACGACCGAUUCCAUUCAUGACCAAAUUCCGCGAGAUCAAUUGUGCACUUUCUUGCCGUACUUUUUUUGGCGACUAUAUAUCGCAGGACGCAGUCAAGAAAAUCGCCGAUGACUUUUACCUCGCAACUGCUGCCCUGGAACUUGUCAACAUCCCGCUAUCGAUGUACAUUCCGUUCACCAAACCCUGGUGGGGUAAGCGAACAGCCGACGCGGUGCAUCUCGAGUUUGCUAAAUGCGCGGCUGCAUGCAAAGCAAACAUGGCAAUUGGCGCUAUACCCACGUGUAUCGUGGACCACUGGGUGCUCCACAUGAUGGAGUCUAACCGAUACCGCGAAAGAAUCGCGGCGGGGGAGACGGAUGUAGAGAAGCCAACCAAUUUGAUUCGUGAAUUCACGAAUGAAGAGAUCGCAGAUACACUGUUCACCUUCUUAUUCGCUUCCCAAGACGCGUCAAGCAGUGCAACAACCUGGUUGUUUCAGGUUCUCGCGCAGCGGCCCGAUGUCCUCGAUAGAUUGCGAGAAGAGAAUCUGGCAGCACGAGGUGGCGAUAGAAACAAGCCGUUCGAUCUUCCCAUGCUGGAGUCACUCACUUACACAAAUGCAGUUAUUAAAGAGCUCCUCCGUCAUAGACCGCCUGUCAUCUUCGUUCCAUACCUCGCCACAAAGAGCUUUCCUGUCACACCUAACUACACCGUCCCUAAGGGCUCCAUGAUUGUUCCAUCAUGCUACCCAGCUUUACAUGACCCAGUUGCGUAUCCGGACCCCGAAGUUUUCGAUCCCGAUCGUUGGAUAUCAGGCGACGCGGAGUCAAAGACCAAGAACUGGCUUGUUUUUGGUGCAGGGCCGCAUGACUGCCUUGCGCGGAAGUACGUACCACUGACAAUGGCUGGCAUGAUUGGCAAAGCGGCGCUGGAGCUCGACUGGAAGCACCAUGCGACACCACGAUCAGAGGAGAUUAGGGUGUUUGCGACACUGUUUCCGAUGGACGAGUGCCCAUUGGUGUUCACAAAACGCCUGUAA